GUCUAUGUGUGUGUGAGGUGUAGAAAAACCUAGCUGUGGUCCCACUCCACCUUUUUCCGUCAGAGGCGGUGCCAUCUAUCUAAGUACUGGCGUCUCAGGCAGGCUCCGAGCAGCUGGACUCAGCGCAUCUGCUUCCCCAGAAGCGGAAGUCCUCCUCUCGCCAGAGUUAAUUGGAUUAUAGGUAGAUGCCAAUACAGGCCGACACGGACAGGUGAGCAGCUGCCAGCUCUUUGAGAGUUCCUGCCUGACACUGUAAUCAAAGGCAUCAGUAAUCAAAGUAUUGUGAACUCAGCAUGAAAUUGUGAUGGAGUGGGGCACCCUCCAUUGACAUAUUUUGGCAAGUCACAAUAUCCAAACAUGGAGAGCAGAAACGAAAGGGCCUCUUUGUAUAUCUAGCCUGGCUAAUUUAAUGUGGAUCUGUGUUGUGACAGUGAUCUAGUUACAGGUAUACAGUUUCUGCAUCUUAGCCAUUAAUCCAAUAGCCCUGUUUAAAAUGGGGGAAAAACAGAGAUCACACCUGCAGAGUAGCGUACUAAAUAAAAAAUGCAAAUAUUAUUACUUAAUUUAUGUGUUGUUGUUGAAGAUACUGAAUCAAGGGUAUAUGAGAAAAGUGAUGUUUUUCAAAAUACAGCCUGACCACCUUUGUUUUUGAUCCACCAAAACGUAUUUGUGGUUGUCUUUUGUCAUCAAAUCAGAAAUAAGUGAAUAUGUAUGAAUAAAAAAAAAAACAGCAUGGGGGUGAUGUCAGUGGUUGCUUCAAAAGAGACCACAAGAUGCAGCCCUCCACCUGUUUCUUCAGCAGUUCAAAUAAAAAGCUUUGCCGAAGUAAUGCCGUUUCUAGCUGAUUACCACUCACCUCCUGCAGUCUGUAGCUGCCAUGUAAAAUACAUAUUGCAAGAAGAACUGCUGCCAUGGAAAUACCUGCAACCCUCAGUUAUUAGCAAAUAAGAGUGACAGAGACCUCUGCUGGCAAAAAGUAACUUACUCCUGGGUGUGAUCAACAAUUCUAAGCAAAGGUGCUGCAAUAGGCCUAGCUUGUCCAACGUACAGGAAAACAUGUAAAGUAAAUGUUAGGAGGGCUGUUACUAAGUGAUAUAACAAAUGGCCAGAGUGUGUUCAGGUCAAGAUUGUUCAUAAAUUUGUCAAAGAGAGGUCAAAUAAACAAGAUACUUGCAUCAGGUCAACAUGAUGAUUUGUUCAGGCUGAUGGCUUUGGAUAAAUGUUCUUAAAACUGUAAGAAAUCACGUAGCCUAAUUCCACGCCUGUCUUCAAUUCAAUUCAAUUCAAUUUGAUUUAUAUAGUCUUCACACUUCAGGUGAUCUUUGCUCUUUGCAACAUCUUUGCUCUUUUUAUGAUGAGAUUGUUCCCAUAUCAAGACUUGCCAUCUAAAUGGUAAUCUAGUCUUUCAAUUUGGUUUAGAAAGUAGCUUUCCAUUUGAGUUAUGUGCAAAUAUGACCAGUUCUGAUUUGAGGCAAUGUCAUACUGUCACUGAAUCAGUCUAAGGACCUUUCACAGACUGUGAUGUCUCUCAUGAAUACUAUAUUUUAUCUAUGCCAUAUUUUGUAACAUAAAGUAGGCUAACAGUGAGUGACAGACUCUUGAUUUUUGAAUGCCAUUCCUUUUUUUCUGUCAUGAAAUUACAGCAAACCAGAACAUUCCAUACGUGAAUGUACAAGAGACAGGCUUCAUAUUUUCCGUUAUUUACACUAAUCUACUCUCUACUGUGUAAAGAAAACUCAAAUUCAACGAUUUGUCAGUAAUACAAAACCAACACCUCGUUAUUGUUCUGGUAAGGGAAACAAACAUCUUGUAUUAGUGAAUUGUGUUAAGAACCAAUCAAUGGUUCGAACGUAGUGUCUUUCCCAGAAUGCCUUCUAAAAUUGCUGGCGCCAAGGAGCGCUGCUGUGGGAAUUGAUAGUAAGUUGUUACUAUUUACCUCAGUGAGGUAAUGUUAGCUAAGUAUGCGAUUAAGAAAGUUAUUUUGAAAGCUAUACAGUAUUUAUUUAGUACAUCGUUUCGCCGUGUUAGAUGUUGGCUCUUCACCUGCUGCUGUGAGUUACUGUCGUUAUCUCACAGUCCUGGUCCUGCACGUUUGCCUUUAGUCAAGAUAGCAUCAGGUUCAAAGAAGGCCUGAUUAUGACUAAAAAACAGAGCUCAACUAUCCUGAAAGAUGUUGUGGCUUUUGUUGAUGUCUGGUCCACGAGUAAAAGAGAGAAUUAUUCUGAUGGAUUCAUGCAGCAGCUUAUUGAAAUGGGGGCAGAGGUGUCCAGGACCUUUAACAAAAAUGUCACCCAUGUGAUUUUUAAACAUGGACACCAGUCAACAUGGAAGAAGGCCCAGAAAAUGGGAGUGAAGAUAGUGACUGUCCUUUGGGUCGACAGGUGCAGAAGUGAAGGCAAGCAUGUGGACGAGAACUUGUGCCCUGCGGUAAACGAAGACAGCAAAAGUGUCCUAGUCAACAAAAGGACGCACAAAUGCAUGCAGCCCCGGGAUAUUCCCUUGAGGACGCCAGAGAAUGACCGGCGCUUGAAAAAAAGACUGGACAAAAUGAUGUUGAACCUGACACCUUCUUCACCUAUUGUGUCAGACUUGUCGCCUCUGAUCAUCGAUGAGGAGCAUGGUAUCGUGUACAGUCCAUCAUCCAGGAGAGCAGAGACCAUGGCCCUGCGGCUGCAACAGAUGAAGGAGAGGAGGGAGAAUCUCUCCCCUACUGCUUCCCAAAUGGUUGAUUCCACCUUCACACAUGAGCACUCACAGAAGCCUUCCUUCGGGAGUUCUCCAUCUACGUCUUUUCUGCCGCUACUGGAAGAAGAUGAUUCGACGUCCCAUCACGGGCACACUCCAGAUGUGGAGGCUGCACAAGGGUCCCACUACACGAGCGCUUCCAAAAGUGACUCCAGUGGGCCCACCAUCACGCCAUCCGAGGAGAAAAACCACCACAGGAAAACCUGGAAGUUAUCAGCAUCCACUCCAUUGUCUGGAGAUGCACCCAAGAGAAGGUCAUCGGGUGAGAGGGUUGCGUCUGUGACAGACAGCAAAGCUGCACUGCCGCCAAAACGCAAAGGACUAAGUAAAACUGCUGCGAAACGCAGCACAGCAAAUCAGAAUUCACUGGACAGCUACUUUUCAACCGCAGUACCCAAAGGGAAAAGGACUGUUAUGGUUGAUGAUAAUGUGUACAGUGAUGUAGAAAGCAGAUUGAAACUGACACCUCCAAAAGACGGUACACUUAUAGAGGACACACAAAUAAAUACCUCACCAACUUUUAACGAGACUCGGACUAAAACUAACAAGCUUGGUAGUAGCCAUAUACAAACUUGUACAUCUCCAAUUCUGUCGAUGAGUACUGAAUGUGAAAGGAAAAAUAGUACCCUCGUGAGUGUGUCAUCUCUCCCAAAAGCUUGUAGUCUGAAAAAAGAAUCGCUAACAGCAGUAUCACAGUUGAAGAAAGUCACCAAGAGCUCCUUUAGUCCUUCUCCUAAUGGGGAGGAUGAUGUGUUUGAGGACUACUUCUCAUCGACCGAAAAACCCACAAGGAAAAAGACCCUCGCUCUGGACAUCUCCCCAGAAAAAGACCCCUAUUCCCUAUUUGAGCCGUCAGCCCAACCUGCCAAACGAAAGAGACGGAAGAGUGAAUCUGUGGAGUCCGGUAAGAGGCGAAAACAAGCCCCUGUUAGCGCUGCUGCGUUCUUUGCGGAACCCGCUGGAUUAAGCAGUCCUGAGGACGUAGCAUCUCUUAUACCCAAACCAAGGAGUUAUGGACGCUGCAAGUCUGCCCAAAAGCAACCAGCUUCUAGUGGCAAAGACAAAAAGCCAGGAGCUGUGACUGAUGGUAGUGAAAGGGCAGGUGACAAAGACGAUGCCAGACAUGAACAGCUCACACUGACUUUCCCCAAACCUCCGCUGACCUCACGGCUGAAUGAAGCAAGAAGCCGAAAAGUGUCACAAACUUUAAGCGAAGGCAUUAAAUAUGCACCUGAUGGUCUCAGGGACACGAGUACGGAAAUGUUUAGCUGUCAGGGGGGCGAAAAGGACAAAAAUGUGAAGACAAAAAGAACUCUAGUCAUGACCAGCAUGCCCACAGAAAACCAGCACACAGUGCUUCAGCUUGUGCAGACCCUGGGUGGGUUCUCAGUGGUAGACAAGGUGUGUGAGAGCACAAGCCACGUGGUGGCCGGCAGCCCACGCCGCACCCUCAAUGUCCUGCUAGGCAUCGCCCGAGGGUGCUGGAUCCUCUCUUAUGAGUGGGUUCUGUGGUGCUUAGAGCACAGACAGUGGAUUCCUGAGGAGCCUUAUGAGCUGUCGGACGACUUCCCAGCAGCGCCUCGCUGCCAUCUUGUCUUGUGUCGUGGCGCACAGACGCAUGUGGAAGGAGGAAAGUGUGCCGUCGGAACUGCGAGCAGGACGUUCCAUUGAUGGCUAAUGAUCUAAUCAGUUGUUUACUCCUCUCCGGCCCACUUGAGGACUCCUCAAGGAAGGGCUGUUUGUUCACUCCGUUUACACGAAAGCGCGACCGCAAGCUGACACAUUGCCGCACGCUGGCACGGCAACAAAGUGCCUCCACUCCACUCCAGUCCACCUCGCCAACCGGCUAUUUCUGAAUCGAACACGCUAAAGAGCUAAAAGAUUUAGGGAGGGACUUUUUAGUUAAAAAAACAACAUCUGUUAGCUGAUGUGCAUUGUGUUUGUGUGAGCUGAACUCGAGCGAUACACAAACGCCAGGUCAGCGGAAGAGCCUGCCCCUCAGAGAGAGAACAGGCUGUCACCAUUGAACACCAUGACACCACAUGCUGUUCUGUGUGAUAAAGUGUGCAUAUAUGAAUUUGCACCUGGCAGUUUCUCAAAAUAUCCCAGAGACUCUACUCAUUGUAAUGAUGGUGGUGCUUUUGCUAAUUAACGCUUUUCACCUUUAUUUAACUUUCAUUUUUAUUUAAGAUAUUAACAUGACAUGAAGGUGUAUUUUAUCACUUACUAUCGUCCCGUCAGAGUCAAGUACACUGAAAAAGGAUGCUUAAAUAUAUAAAUAAUUAGAUGGAGCUUUAUCUCCACUCUCUUAGUUUGGGUGUAGUUUGUCUAAGGAUUCUGUACCAGAAUCUGUGUCAUGGUAAUUGCGUCAUGAUGACUAUAAAAUGCAGAUAAAAAAAGUGUUGAAAGUAUGAAAGGCAUUCACGGUCACCAAUGAAGCUCAAAGUAAAUGACUGUGGUAGUUUUAAAUCUGAUCCAAAUCCCAUCAUCUAUAGACAUUAUUUAUUUUGAUUUCAAACUGGAUAGUCAGUGGGGAUUCCCCUUCUCUUUCCAAGUCCAUUUCAUUCGGGUAACCUAAUCCAGCCACAUUUAAACAAAACAAAAAAAGAAAGAGAAAUUUCCUGCACUCAUUUAGUCCCCAGUCCUUUGUUAUAUAUAAAAAAGUCUGAUUGAACAAAAAAAGCUCUCGCUGAACAGGCUCUGGCAUAAGAGCUUUCUUGGAUCUGUCAGGACGUCAGGAUGAGUCAAAGGAGGGCCCAUAUGAUCUCUCUGUGACUGUCAGACCUCUCGAACCCUAUUCAUUAAUCACACUCAACGCAGGAGAAUGGGGAGCACCCGAGGAGUGAUGCUGCCUACGCUUCCAUGGUGCCAAAGAACAGGCUGAAUGCACUACACCGUUUUUUUGGGCACCCGAUUGGAAACUUUGUUGGCCCUCAGUCACUCGUGGUGUGGCGACUGGUGAUUGUUAGGGCUGUGUAUUGGCAAGAGUCUGACGAUACACAUCAUGAUACAGGGGUUACGAUUCAAUUUAUUGUGAUACUGUAAGCAAGGUGAUAUAUUGCGAUUUUUUUUUUUUUCAAGUCUAAUUUUAGCAAAACUAUUAUAGAAUAAAGAACACACCACCAUAUUCAUAAUGAUGUUACGUUGUCAAAUGGCUUAACCAAAAUUCAACUCUACUAUCUGUGGUCAGGGGUUUAAACACAACACACACUAUAUUACCUUGCUAACAGUAUCGCAAUAAAUUGCCAGUAUACUCUUGUGUAUCAAUAUUUUCUUACACUCCUAGUCAUUGUUCUCAAAAAAACACUUCCUGUCCAAGACUCCGUUGAAAUACUGGUUACUGUUAACCACGUCACUGUGUCAAGACUGUUUGAAGCACUCAAUGAUCUACAGGUGAAGAUAGUCAUCAUAGCUAAAACAACUAACCUAAAACAAUCACCCACUGAGACCCUCUUCACUGCCCUUUACCCAUCCUUCACUGAGACGUGUGU